AUGCCGCAGGUUGCCCUGGUGGCCUGGAAUUUGGCCCGCCGCAAGCUUCGAUUCGCCACGUCUCGUCGUCACGCCCAGAGCGGUGGAGGACGCGUUUCCGGUGUGAUUGCGACACAUUCCUCGGCUGGUCGAUCGUUUAAACUGGUGACCGCGCCAACUUUUCCUCCAUACCUGCCCUCGAGAGGGUUGUCGCGACCUUCGGAAUCUGUUACCAUGCCAGCCAGCGCGGUUGCGCCGGACGACACCCUCGGGAUCGGAAUUAUCCCACAAGCAACCAAGUCAAAUGACGAGCCAUCUCAGGACGUUCCUUCAGACCCAGAAUCAGAUGACGAUGUUCCUGUUGAAGCCGAGGAGCUUCAGGAUGCUCUCUCGCGUCCCCCACCUGUGAAUAGUAGCUACCUGCCGCUCCCCUGGAGAGGCCGAUUAGGUUAUGCUUGCUUGAAUACAUAUCUACGGAACGCGAACCCCCCAGUGUUCUGCUCUCGGACCUGUCGAAUUGCGUCCAUUCUCGAAAACCGACACCCACUUGCGGAUCCCUCGCAGCCGCCUCAUCCGACGAAGAACCGCCCUGAUCGGGAUCGGACGCCUGAUGUUGCCCGCGGACAGGCUUACGUUGAGUCUCUGGGACUCGCCAAUGCGCGAGAUCUCAUUAAGCUUCUGCACUGGAAUGACAAAUAUGGCAUCAAAUUCAUGCGGCUGAGCAGUGAGAUGUUCCCUUUCGCCAGCCAUAAAGAGUAUGGCUAUAAACUUGCCCCGUUUGCAUCAGAGGUUCUCGCUGAGGUUGGACGUGUGGUUGCCGAACUUGGUCAUCGAGUCUCCGUACAUCCGGGCCAGUUUACUCAGCUUGGCUCGCCCAGGCUGGAAGUCAUUGAGAGUUCGAUCCGCGAUCUCGAAUAUCACUCAGAGAUGUUGCAGCUCCUUCAGUUGCCCCCGCAGCAAGAUCGUGACGCCGUCAUGAUUCUCCACAUGGGUGGUGUAUUCGGCGAUAAAGAGGCCACACUGGAUCGGUUCCGGGAGAAUUACAAAGGUCUUUCCCAGGAUAUCAAGAAUCGGCUCGUCCUGGAGAAUGACGACGUAAGCUGGUCAGUGCAUGAUUUGCUGCCCAUUUGUGAGGAGCUGAAUAUACCGCUUGUCCUCGACUUUCAUCACCACAACAUCGUCUUCGACUCCACCCAAGUGCGCGAGGGUACUUUGGAUAUCAUGGACCUGUUCGAUCGGAUCAAGGCAACUUGGACACGUAAGAACAUCACGCAGAAAAUGCAUUAUUCUGAACCUGUUCCCUCCGCCAUCACGAAUCGACAGCGGCGAAAGCACAGCACUCGAGUGUCCACGCUCCCACCUUGCGACCCGACCAUGGAUUUAAUGAUCGAGGCCAAGGACAAGGAGCAAGCCGUUUUUGAAUUGAUGAGGCGGUUUAAACUGCCUGGGCAUGACCUUUUCAAUGAUAUAUUGCCCUACACGCGAGCCGAUGAGAACAAACCUUUUAAGCCACCUCGCAAAACCAAGAAGAACGGAGGGUUCGUUGACCUCGAAGCUCAGGUCCCUCCUGCUCCUACCGUUCCCGAGGAAGAAGUAGGCAUGGGAGGUCCGGAAAGAAGAGUGUAUUGGCCGCCAGGUAUGGAAGAGUGGCUUCGGCCGAAGAAGAUCAUUCGUGUCAAAGUAGGGCAGAGCCCGACAAAACCGAAUGCAUCGAAGCAGAAGAAGAAGGCAAUGACAAAUGAUGACUCGCCACAAAUAAAGGACGAGGAUGCUGAUGAGGAUGAUGAGGAGCCAGCGACUCCGAAGCCUAAGACUGCUCGUCCACUCAAACGCACUGCGAGUGUGAAAAAGCUGACAAGUAGGAAACGGAAAGCUUCACCGACUCCGCCGUCUACUCCGUCGGUCUCUGAUAUCGAGGGUUUAGAUCUGGCGGAACCGCCCAUUCUUUCUCGUACUGAGACUGCCAAUACUCGUCGUAGUCGACGCGCUAAGACCGCGAACAGGGUUAAUUACGCCGAGGAGAGCGACUCUUAUCAAGCUCUGCUUGUAUCCCCAGAAUUCAACUCGAACAAGACUCCUUCCAUAUCGACCCUGGCUCCCAAAAUCUAUCCUCGCAGUCGUUGGCUAGCGGCCCCGCCGACUUCCCAGUUCAGGCGCCAACCACUCUUUCGGUUUCUCCCCUCGCUCCUUCGUCCCUCGAAUCGAGACCGACAGACCAGGCCAGGACGGCUUCUUCGUUUCUUCCGUCUCCUCAUCGGCCCUCACGCCACCCGCCGCGCUCAGCUGCGCCUUUGGGGUCUGCGGCACGAAACGAUCCCCGCUUUCCGCCACCGCGCACAAGCAAGGGUUUAUCGCGCCAUCGUUCAGCAGCAAGCUAGACGGGCACGUAGACGAAUCUCGGGCAAGAAGGGUAUACUUGAGCUUCUGCUUCUUGGGCGGAGGGGACCAGCCAGGCGACUGGGUGCUGGCUCUGCUGGAGGGUCGCAGCUUGUCCCGCGCGUGAAAGGUCUACGAGCCGGAGGACAGGUCCCGGAUGCAGCUGCAAGAUCCUCGAUGUCCCAGUACGAGUCGUCCGCUUCUACAUCGUGGGGCGCCGGGAGUGGCGGGCGGCGCAAGAAAGUCUACGAAUAUCUGAAGGCGGCUAAUGAGCUACGACAGACGUAUACGGCGCAAUGGACAGCGCAGAGGAAUAACCAGCGUGAUUACAAUGAGGAUUACUACAAUACUCCGGGUGCAUUUUCUGAUGUGGAAAUCACGCGGUCUGGAAAUGAGGAGAUGGUUCUGUUCCCUAGCUAUGCGAGGAGACUUGUGAUGGGAAAACGGCCGGAGGUUCAGGCCCGCCAGCGGCGCGAUUCGACUUCGACGAUUGAUGAGUACCGCGGUGUGUCGGACAUUCCGGAGCCCGCGUCCGAGUGGGCACGAUACGAGGAUGAGCAUGCAGUUGUGGCUGUUGACGUGCGAGGCUGGGUCUACGCACCUCACCGGGGGCCGAUGACCCGGAAACAUCGCUUGCUGAUUGCGCUGGCCAGGAAGUUGAGCGGGAUACCUGCUCCUAACAAUACAUCGGCCGAUGAUGGCAACGCCACUGUAGCGGUUGGAACUUCUACGAAAACGGCCGGGGCUAGCGAAGAGGAAAUGGUGGAUCAAGAGAUACAGUCUAUUAUCAAGAACGCAGAGAAGAGCGCAGAUCCCGUCUGGAAGAGCAGUGCUUCCGAUGAUCGCAGUUCAAGUGCUUCUUCUGAGAAGACCGCGCAACCCUCGCAGUUGAGCAAAGAUGAGCUGACAGUUGCGAAUGCGCAUCUCAUGGAGAGACUUCGCCCCUUUCUCACAAAUCCAAGGGCCGCAAUGCCUGUGACCGUCUUCUUCUAUAACGACGAGCAAAGUCAAUCGAGAAACAUCAUGACAGACGAAUCGGGCCACUUCAAUCUCCGUGCAACGCUGCCGUUUGUACCAACUUACAUCCGCGUGUUGGCCUCAGAGGAACUGUCCGCUACAAAAAUGAUUCAAAUCAUCGAGCCAACAGGUGUCAGCUUGAUCAGUGACAUCGACGACACUGUGAAGCAUUCUGCCAUCACAAAUGGCGCGAAGGAGAUAUUUCGGAACACAUUUGUCCGCGAACUGGCCGACCUCAGCGUCGAUGGUGUUACUGAUUGGUACAACGAGUUAGCCAAGAUGGGUGUAGAGAUUCACUACGUCUCUAACGCACCAUGGCAACUCUACCCGUUGUUGGAACGUUAUUUCAAACUGGUUGGACUUCCUCCCGGGUCCUUCCACCUGAAGCAGUACAGCGGCAUGCUGCAGGGAAUCUUUGAGCCUACAGCAGAAAGGAAGAGAGGAUCUCUGGAACAAAUACUGCGGGACUUCCCUGAACGCAAAUUCAUAUUGGUCGGCGAUAGUGGUGAGGCAGAUCUUGAGGUCUAUACUGAUAUUGUCCUGGCGAAUCCUGGCAGAAUUCUUGGCAUCUUUAUUCGUGAUGUCACCACGUCGGACCGUAAGGAUUUCUUUGAUAAGUCUGUCGAUCAUCUAGAAGGCGUCCCUGCCCGAAGUCACAGUACUCCUCAACUUAUCGAUGACUCAGAUGCGACAGCAAAGCGGCCCGCGUUGCCGCCUCGUCCGUCCCGUGGAUAUCCAGGGCGAUAUACAGAAGCCGUUAGUAUUAAUAACGGCGACCUGAUCGAUCUACGGGACGAACAUGAAGAGAAAAACGUAUCAGCAGAUGCGCCCAAGCCCGCAAGCUUCCGUAUGCCGCCCAUGAAACCGAGCAAGCCCUCCUCUCUUCGAGCUGUGACAACGAAUUCGGAGUCGACAGAAAAGGGAGCUUCUUCUCAAAUUCAGGAUCUCAUCCGGCGCAAACCUGUUCCUCCAGUACCCCCUCGCCGUCAAAUCCCAACAGAUCAAGAGGAAUCUUCGAGCUCCCCUAAAGCAUUAGCACAGAGUACCAGUUACGCUAGCGGCGUCCUGAAUGCAGUCCAGUCUGUCACAAACUCCCUCCCGGCUGCGACAAAGCAGUUACCGUUCCGACCCAAGACCUCUGACGGCAAUGGCGCGGUUGAUCAACCAUCUGACCCGACGAAGUCGAAGCAAGCCCCUCCGCCUCCACCACCGCGGCGCACAUAUACAGGAGCUUCGACUGCGACUUCGGAUAGCUCCGGUAACUGGCCAGCAUCGCAAAAAAUACAGUCAUACCCAGCUUCGGCUGCUGCCGCUGCGUAUCAAUUCGCGUCUGAACGUCUCAAUUGGGCUGCGUCGCCGGCUGCUUCUCUGCGGUCCAGACCUUCGAUUCCAUCGUUGAGCCGUUCCAGCACCAAUCCUGUGAACAAUCAAUCAGACUCGUCAUCUGUUCCCCCUCCUCCGCUACCUAAUAAGAGAGAGGAGCUGUGGCGACGGCGGUGGGCACGGGCUAACGAGCUCCUAGCGGAGCAGGGGGUUGUGUUGGGCAGCUGGCGUGUGGGAAAAGAUAUGAAAGAUGUCAGUGUGUGGCUGGUACAACAGGCCAUGAAAGGCAUGCAAGAAUGA